AUGUUCGCGGAUCAUAUCAGCUUACCGGAAUUCAUAAAAACGGUCCUCUCAGUUAAUGCAGCAAAUAUCACUUCAUUGGGUUGGUUGCCUGCUAAAAAUAUUUUUCGAAAAGAAUUCGACUAUUUCCACAUCCCGCAUUUCUCGAUCAUGUAUCUCUCAUACUACUUCGUAUUAUCUGUUUUGCCGUUGUACAUCUCGCAAAUAACGGUAUCAAAUGAAGGCGAUGAGGCAAUACAAGAAGCAACAAGUAAUGACGACGAAAUAAGGACUACAGCUGAUGAUGGGAAAGCGAACGAAAAACGAUACAAAUGUGAGGUAUGCGAUAAGCAAUUCGAAUGUUCAGGCAAUCUGAAACGCUAUAAGGUGGUACAUACCGAUGAAAAAAAUUACAUAUGUGAGGUAUGUAAUAAAGCGUUCCAAAGGUCCGACAGUCUGAAGAGUCACCAAUUGUUGCAUGAACGAUCAUUCAAAUGUUAUGUGUGCAAUGAAACAUUCAAAUGGUCUAGCGAACUGAAGAAACAUCAAGUGACACAUAGAAACGAACGGCCAUUCAAAUGUUACGUGUGCAGUAAAACAUUCAAGGAAUUCGGGAAUCUGAAUAAACACCAUUUGAUGCACGGAAACGAACGACCAUUCGAAUGUCACGUGUGCAAUAGAACAUUCAAAUGGUCUAGCGAACUGAAGAAACAUCAAGUGACACAUAGUAACGAACGGCCAUUCAAAUGUUACGUGUGCAGUAAAACAUUCAAGGAAUUCAGGAAUCUGAAUAGACACCAUUUGACGCACGGAAACAAACGACCAUUCGAAUGUCACGUGUGCAAUAAAACAUUCAAAGAGUUCCGCUUUCUGAAGACACACCAUUUGACACACGAAAACGAACGAACAUUCAAAUGUGCUACGUGCGAUAAGGCUUUCAAGCAGCGCCGCUAUCUGAAAGAACAUAUAAAGACACAUACGGACAUUGAAAAGAUGCUGAAAUGCGACAUAUGCGGUAAAGCAUUCGUAUACUGUUCACAUCUGCUGAGACACAAAUUGAUGCACGGGAACGAACGGCCAUUUAUAUGUGACAUUUGCAGUAAAACAUUCAAAGCAUCCCGGACUCUGAAGAAGCACAUAUCGACGCAUGGAAACAUGCGGCCAUUCGAAUGUGAAGUAUGUAGUAGGAAUUACACUCAGAAAGGUAAUUUGAAUAAACAUAUGAAAGCGCAUAAAAGUUCGGAUGAAAAGCUGUAUUCUACA